UUUCUGGGAGGCAGUUUGGAGAGAAAGAGAGAGAGAGAGGCAGCGAAGAUGUCGAAGAGAGGAAGGGGUGGAUCGGCGGGAAACAAGUUCCGAAUGUCGCUGGGUUUGCCAGUGGCGGCGACGGUUAACUGCGCCGACAACACCGGAGCCAAGAACCUCUACAUAAUCUCCGUGAAGGGGAUCAAGGGGCGUCUGAACCGCCUGCCGUCGGCCUGUGUCGGUGACAUGGUGAUGGCGACCGUGAAGAAGGGUAAGCCUGAUCUCCGUAAGAAGGUCCUUCCCGCUGUCAUCGUCCGCCAACGCAAGCCCUGGCGCCGAAAGGACGGAGUCUUUAUGUACUUCGAAGAUAAUGCGGGUGUCAUUGUUAACCCCAAGGGAGAGAUGAAAGGAUCUGCCAUCACUGGCCCAAUUGGGAAAGAGUGUGCUGAUUUGUGGCCAAGGAUUGCCAGUGCUGCAAAUGCUAUUGUCUAAGAGUUUUAAUUCGACGAUGCUAUGCUUCUCUUGUUCACUUGAGACUUUAGUGUUUUGCAAUUUUGUUUCUUUUGGAGGAUAUUUAUAUUUCGCUUAUUUAAGACAAGCAAAAAUAUUAGUUAGAUGGACGACCAUAAAUUUUCUA